AUGAUUAUCAGAACACCGACAAGAACCAAGACAAACUCGUUCAACGGCCAACAGAUGGCUUUCAAAUUUCCAUCGACAGAAAAUCUGCGAGAUGAGACGUUGGACGAGUAUCACUUAAGCAACCAUCAUUUAUUGAACGAUAAUAUAGGGAAGAAUUUCGAUGAGGUUGCAUCACAAAUACUGUCCGACUAUACAAGUACUUCCAAUACGAACACCAACUCGGGCCAUUCUUCGAAUGGAUACUACUCGUUUGCCAACAUUUCAGAUAACACUACUUCCUCACCAAAAUCCAGCACGAUAGAGAAGAGGGGCUCUGCUGUCUCGGGCGAAUUCAGUGCUUUAGAUGUCAGUUAUGUGAGGGCUUCAGUUUUGGAACCCGGCAGUGUUCAGCACCACGACGAGGAUCGAAAACUUUCAUCCAGACUGCCGCCAUCCUCCCCAAUGGAAGCAAUUCCCGAGGCAGACGGUUUUGCUUCCUUUUCAACAGCAUUUCAGUCAAUCCCGACAGCAGCUAAUAUCUCCUAUGAUAUCGCAUCAACCGCAUCUUCCUCUAAGUCGCUGGAAUCUGACAAAAUUGCUGCAAGAAAGCUACCAACCGCUAGACUCGGGCGUACCCCCACUAUCACAAGAGUCCAAUCGACAGCAUCGACAAGAAGCUCGUGGGAGUCCACGCGCGCAUCGAAGCUUAAGAGAUCGAAAGCGGUACGAUGCAAAGGCGGCCUCCUGCAGUACUUCAUAUUACUGGGGCUUACGCUCAAGAGACAAUUGCGCAAAGUCAUUUGCAGCAUAAGAAGCAAAUUAGCAAGGAAAAAUGGUGGAAUCGGAAGAAGGAGAUCGAGGGUUUCUAUGCCAGAUAAGAAGGCAGCGCAACGAAGCCGAUCAAGACAGGAAGAUCUGAGGACAUCCCACUUAAAAAGAACGCAGCGCUAUGUUAGCAAUUUGCAAAGAUCAUUGUCCUGUAAGUCUCUACAGCCUGUCUUAAUGUCGCAAGCAAACAGCGCUAAGGCUCCUUCACUCAAUGAGGCAGAGACUGCCGAAAUAGACAAGAGCCCAGUGAUACGAAACCCCGCUACAUCAUUGAGAAGAACGAACUCGUCGAUAAAGAGAGCCGCGUCCGUUAUAACCAACCCUCACAGAGCUUCAGACUCCGGUAAAGGCGAUUGCAUUGAGCAUUCAGUUGCUGCGGAUAAAAAGAGUAUUGAACAAGCGCAGAAAGCUUCAAACAGACAAGGAAUUGUCAGAUCGGCUGGAUCUCGCUCCUUAAGCUCAUUGGCUAGACAGCCCUCAAUCGUGGUUAAAAAUAAAGUUAUUCCACUGUCAAUGUAUCACUACUCAAUCAAAGAGGAGGAAGAAGAUGCGGACGAAUAUGUGAUUAGUACCGAUGCAAUGCGUCCUAUGUCACCGGUAGAAAGCCUAAAUUCAGAAAAAAGCUCGUAUGAAGAUGCCCAGGAAGAUCUAAAUACUUCUCAAAGCGAGGAACAUAGGUUACUCUCACAGUCACUAAAUCACUACUUGAGAACCAUAAUCUCACAACGCAUCAUGACAAGAAUACAGAUCUCCAAAUACCAGAAACACGAGCUACCUGUUUCAGACCUGAUCGGAUCUCUCAUCAAAGAGUAUGAGAGCGACAGCACAGUGUCAAAUCUCUUCGAAGAGCAUAAGUCGCGGAACUCUUUAACUGAUGUCACAAGCGAGCAAACCGAAGAAGAAGAAGAGAAAGAAGAAGAGGAAGAAGAGGAAGAAGAAGAGGAGCAAGAUGCGGAAGCAGCAUCGCAAUAUUCUACCAACACCAGCUUGAAGUUUACAUUGCAGUCACCCUUCGGAGCCGCAAACCGCUCGAGUCACAACGACAGUCUACUUUCUCUACCAGCAAUAGGUGUGAAGAGAUCGUUAACACUACCUAUUGGCAUAAAGGUGUGA